AGGCGCGUAUUGUGGUCGGGUAUUCUUGCUCCAACACGCGAAAACCAUCAAAAAACUAAAGCAGCAACCACUCACACGCUGCAAAGUAAACGCGGACGCAAAAGAUUCUAGUCGGCAACUCACCGCUAUUGUUUUCUUUCUCCUUUUGGGUCUUGAGUUGUUCGCACAGAUCCUUUCGUUAGCUAAUCCAGUUCAACAACAACAAAAAAACCACCUCUCUUUUCGUUUGCGCUGAGCAUCUGUAGCUCUGCUGCUUUUGUGUCGAAGCGAGGUGCCACUUACGUAAACAGAUUUCGCUCUCUGUUGUCACCUCAUUCGAAAUUCACAAUCGCACGCACGUAUUUCUUUCUCUCUCUCUCAUUACCUUUUUUUUUGUGCAUACUGCUUUUUCUUUAUAUUGCUGAACUGCUUGCACAUCUAACGAAAAACAACGCUGUGCAACGCAGCGGCUUUCUGGCACUCUUUUCUCCUUCCUCUUUUCCUAUAUGCAACAACGUGAAGACGUUGAUUUCUUCUUUUUCAGGUUUUUUGGUUAUAAAUUGAAAGUCGUGGAAGCUCUUCUCAACUUUGGUUUUGACCCUGCCUUCGCCAUUCUCUUUUCUCUUCUCUUCAACGCGUUGUUUAUGUUCUUUUUGAUCUUUUAUGGAAAGUGUGUGCUUUAGCGCCGCGCGUAGUAACGCUUCUGCAUUCGUGUACCGUUUUUUUCUUUUCCUUUUAGCGUACGGGCUACGCUGAGAACAAAUUCCUCCAGUAAGGUAUCUCUUUUCGAAUGCUAGCGUAGCCUUUCUAACGUUUUCUUGACAGGACAAAACUAUCUCUUAACCCACGAAGGAAUCAUUUCGUAGUUAAGCAGCAUAGCAGAACAAGUUCGAUCUCUCCAGUGCAGCACAUGUAAGAAAAGGAAAAGGAAAGAAGUCAAACUCUGGUGUCGAGAGAACUGCAAAUUGGGAACACAAAUAAACUGCAUUUUUGUAUAUAUCUGCGCAGCAGGCAGGACUAUUUCUGCCUACUCAGCCCUGAUACCUCUCUAUUCUUGAUGCUCAGCAACUUUUUUUUCCGCUACCAUCUCCGAGUGUGUACUUUAUUUUCUCCUCUUCUAUUCACCAGCUAUUUAUUGCCUUUUUUAAAUUUUCUUUACCUUCUGUACCACGGUCGUUAUUUACAUCUUUGUAAAUACGGUUGUUCAUUAAAAAAGAAACUAUGAAAAUAUGUACAUUACUGUGCUCUUCUUCCUAAAUUGCUAGAGAGGACUGGUUGCCGUUGGAAAAGAAAGGUACUCACCUCCUUUGCUCCUACAGUCCCGCUCUCUCUCUUUUUCUUAUUUUUUUUUUGUCUAGUGUUUGAUUCAUUCUUUACUGCUUUGCUUUUAUAAGGUCGUCGACGUAAGUUCGUUUUUCUUUCAUCGACACUUAUUUCUUUAUUUUAUUUAUUUGCUGUUGUGCGUACUAUUUUUGCUGAAAAGCGACCUUGCACCACUGCGAGUGCAUUGUUGCGCUUUCAUUUUUUAGGUGCGCCUGUGUAGGAGGGCCAGUCUUGGCCGUGCUGCCUCUCUCUUCUUCUCUCUUCUUUCUUUUCUUCGUAGGCGCCUCCCUUAAAAAAGAAGCCGCUGGCAUCUUUUUUUCUUUUGUGAGCUUUUUACGUGCUGCCGCAAAACUCUGUUUUUUUACUCGUCCUGUGAUUCAAAUCAAGACGAGUGUCUGAAUCAUCUGCAACCUCUGUGAGCGGCGACUGCAAGACACGAUUUAUAAGUAAGCGUUCUUGUGCUACGGACAGAAGCCUGGCAGACAAUCUUCUUCUUUUUUCACUUUUCCUCUAUACAUCAGAAUGGGCUGCGGAUCUUCGCGCGAGGCGUACGUGCGCGACCGCCGCGCCUAUCACGGUGUUGCGAUGGCUCCUGCAGUGAGUUUCGUCGCAACCGGCAGCUGCGACGUCGUCCACUCCGCUGCAUCGCACAACGUCAGCCCGUGGGAGACGCACACCGGUGCAGACAAGAAGGCGGACGGCGACUUUUCCCUCGGCGUCAAUGAGGCGCUGCAUCGCCGUAUGCGUCGGGAGCGCAUUAUGGAGUGGUGCGAUGCAACACUCGGCGUCAUGCGGGCGAAGCAGCGUGUACCUGCGCACAAGCCGCGAUACGACCACCUGACCCAAUUCCGCGGGUGUCACCUGGGGAUGGUGGAUGAGCUCUCUACCUGCAUGCAUGUGGCGGAAAUGGCGGUGAGCGACGGGGCAACGCGGUCGGAGGACCGCAGCCUGCCCAGCUCUCUCUCCACAAGCGGCUGCACCACCUUUGUCAACCACGCUAGCAUCGAUCUUGACGCGAGCAUGCUCAAAUUCGUGUCCCACGGCAGCGGAAUGGCAUCGCUGAACGCAUCUUCUGGACCGCCGGGCAGCCGUGCACGCACGUCCAGGUCCUCCACGAACCCAUCUUUCUCUGUUAACUCGAACAGCUCCCCGUCGAGCCACAAGAUGCACUCGCUGCAGCGCUACAGGUUGGAUGUGUGCAACAACGGCCACACCCACCGCGUCAAGCUCGUGCUGCUCGUCCCGCCGGGUGACAUCCUACUUUCGAGCUCCACGGUGGACCGGCACAUGGUGGCUUAUCACCUGCACCUCAAGGAGGAGGUCGGGCACUUGAUCGGACACGAUGACGUUAUUUUAGGUGGUGCAGUGAGCCCAGACGGACGACUGGUGGCGACGGCGUCGCGUGACUGCACCGCCAUCCUGUGGGAGCUGCCCUCGUGCAAGCAGCGCCGCUCUCUCCCGCACCCGUCCGCCGUCCACGCAUGCCGCUUCUCAUCGUCCGGGACGCAGGUGGCGACGGUGUGCGCGGAUGGGCUGUGCCGCGUCUGGACUUGGUCUGACACGGACGUCGUACAAACGCUGAUGUCUCUCGCGACCGGCAUUGACGGCGCUCUCACGUCUCUCGCCUACACGCUUGGCGACCGCCAUCUGGUUGUGAGCGGGGCGGCCAGCAAAGUCUUUGUUUGGGACCUCCACCGUGCUGGGGAGGCGGGCACCGUCUUCCGUCAGCACCACAGCAUCGUUAUCUCGGUGGACGCGUCGCGCACACUGCAGGACAUCGUGGUCAGCGCCGACGAGCGCAACGUGUACCUGUGGAACAGUCAGACAUUGGCGGUGCUGCACUGUAUCAACGUCGACCCGUUGUGUCUGCCACGCCAAUGCCCACCCAGGAAGCUGAAGGCGAAGGACGCCGCCGCAGACGUUGAGCCGACCCGUGCCGCGUCGUUGCGUUCGUUUUACUGGACCACCGUCCAACUCGUUGACUCGUGCUUUGGCGUCUUUGUCGUGGCGGCGGCGAGUGACAAGUGCGCGCACUUCUUUGGGAUACGAGAUGCCGCACAAACACAAAAUGGCGACAAAGCCGCAUCGUUGAGCGCACACGUCUCCGAAGUUUUGUCGCUGCCGUUUUCCUCCUCUCUCAGCAGUGUCGGUGGUGGACCGUGGAAUUCAAUUGUCCUCGGCGACGCCUGCGGCAAUCGUCACAUCUUAACGCUGAUGUGA